GGUUGAUGCCAGAGCCCAGCUCCGCGGAGCCGGGCGGGUCGGCCGCGCAUCCAGCUGCUGCAGAAAGAACCCGAGCGCAGCGGGCGCGGCCGGGGUCGGGACUGCACCGGAGCGCAGAGCCAAGGACCGGGGGCCUUUCUUGUGCGGCUGCCCCAUUCCCAGACAGGUCGUCAACCUUCCUGUUCGCCACCGCAGCUCCGCGCCAGCCAGAGCCGAGGGCCGCCGGGAACCCGGGCACCUGUGCGUGCAGCCGGGAGGUCUUCUUCCCAGCCUGCCUCUGGGAGCUCGGACUAUAGGGGUGCCCACCAUGGUGGUCCUGGGACCCCUGGCUGUCUCGUUGUUGCUGCCGAGCCUCACUCUACUGGUGUCCCACCUCUGCAGCUCCCAGGAUGUCUCCAGUGAGCCCAGCAGUGAGCAGCCGCUAUGUGCCCUGAGGGAGCACCCCACCGUGGCCUUUGAAGAUUUAAAGCCGUGGGUUUCUAACUUCACCUACCCUGGAGCCCGAGAUUUCUCCCAGCUCGCUCUGGAUCCCUCCAGGAACCAGCUCAUCGUGGGAGCCAGGAACUACCUCUUCAGACUCAGCCUUGCCAAUGUCUCCCUCCUUCAGGCCACAGAGUGGGCCUCCAAUGAGGACACACGCCGCUCCUGCCAGAGCAAAGGGAAGACUGAGGAGGAGUGUCAGAAUUAUGUGCGGGUCCUGAUCGUCACUGGCCGGAAGUUGUUCGUAUGUGGCACCAAUGCCUUUUCCCCAGUGUGCUCCAGCAGACAGGUGGGGAACCUAAGCCGAACAAUUGAGAAGAUCAACGGUGUGGCCCGCUGCCCCUAUGACCCACGUCACAACUCCACAGCUGUCAUCUCCUCCCAGGGGGAGCUCUAUGCAGCCACGGUCAUUGACUUCUCAGGUCGGGACCCUGCUAUCUAUCGCAGCCUGGGCAGGGGACCACCACUCCGCACUGCCCAGUAUAACUCCAAAUGGCUCAAUGAGCCAAACUUUGUGGCAGCCUAUGACAUUGGGCUGUUUGCAUACUUCUUCCUGCGAGAGAAUGCAGUGGAGCAUGACUGUGGGCGCACAGUGUACUCUCGGGUGGCCCGUGUGUGCAAGAACGAUGUGGGAGGCCGCUUCCUGCUGGAGGACACGUGGACCACGUUUAUGAAAGCCCGGCUUAAUUGCUCCCGCCCGGGUGAAGUCCCCUUCUACUACAAUGAGCUGCAGAGUGCCUUCCACCUGCCUGAGCAGGACCUCAUCUACGGGGUCUUCACCACCAACGUAAACAGCAUUGCCGCUUCUGCUGUCUGCGCCUUCAACCUCAGUGCUAUUUCCCAAGCUUUCAAUGGCCCAUUUCGUUAUCAGGAGAACCCCAGGGCUGCCUGGCUCCCCAUCGCCAACCCCAUUCCCAACUUCCAGUGCGGCACCCUACCGGAGACCGGCCCCAACGAGAACCUCACCGAGCGCAGCCUGCAGGACGCACAGCGCCUGUUCUUGAUGAGUGAGGCCGUGCAGCCUGUGACACCCGAACCCUGUGUCACGCAGGACAGCGUGCGCUUCUCUCACCUCGUGGUGGACCUUGUGCAAGCCAAGGACACGCUCUACCACGUGCUCUACAUCGGCACAGAGUCGGGCACCAUCCUAAAGGCGUUGUCCACCGCGAGUCGCAGCCUCCGCGGCUGCUACCUGGAGGAGCUGCAUGUGCUGCCCCCCGCGCACCGCGAGCCCCUGCGCAGCCUGCGCAUCCUGCACAGCGCGCGCGCGCUCUUCGUGGGGCUGAGCGACAGCGUGCUGCGGGUCCCGUUGGAGAGGUGCGCCUCCUACGGCAGCCAGGGGGCAUGUUUAGGGGCACGAGACCCGUACUGCGGCUGGGAUGGAAAGCAGCAGCGUUGCGGCACGCUCGAGGACAGCUCCAACAUGAGCCUCUGGACCCAGAACAUCACAGCCUGCCCUGUGCGAAACGUGACACGGGAUGGGGGCUUUGGCCCAUGGUCGUCGUGGCAACCAUGUGAACACUUAGAUGGAGACAACUCAGGUUCUUGCCUGUGCCGGGCCCGAUCCUGUGACUCCCCCCGGCCCCGCUGUGGGGGCCUUGACUGCUUGGGGCCAGCCAUUCACAUCGCCAACUGCUCCAGGAAUGGGGCGUGGACCCCGUGGUCAUCAUGGGCGCUGUGCAGUACGUCCUGUGGGAUCGGUUUCCAGGUCCGCCAGCGAAGUUGCAGCAACCCUGCGCCCCGCCAUGGAGGCCGCAUCUGCGUGGGCAAGAGUCGGGAGGAGCGGUUCUGUAAUGAAAACACUCCUUGCCCAGUGCCCAUCUUCUGGGCCACCUGGGGCUCCUGGAGCAAGUGCAGCAGCAACUGCGGGGGCGGCGUGCAGUCGCGGCGUCGGGCCUGCGAGAACGGCAACUCCUGCCCGGGCUGCGGCGUGGAGUUCAAGACGUGCAACCCCGACGCCUGCCCCGAGGUGCGGCGCAACACGCCAUGGACGCCGUGGCUGCCCGUGAACGUGACGCAGGGCGGGGCGCGGCAGGAGCAGCGCUUCCGCUUCACGUGCCGCGCGCCCCUGCCAGACCCUCACGGCCUGCAGUUUGGCAGGAGGAGGACAGAGACCAGAACCUGCCCGGCCGAAGGCUCGGGAGCCUGCGACACUGACGCCCUGGUGGAGGAUCUCCUGCGCAGCGGGAACACUUCCCCGCACACGCUGAGUGGAGGCUGGGCCGCCUGGGGUCCAUGGUCGUCCUGCUCCCGGGACUGCGAGCUGGGCUUCCGCGUCCGGAAGAGAACGUGCACCAACCCCGAGCCCCGCAACGGAGGCCUGCCCUGCGUGGGUGAUGCCGCCGAGUACCAGGACUGCAACCCGCAGGCUUGUCCAGUGCGUGGUGCCUGGUCCUGCUGGACCUCGUGGUCCCAGUGCUCAGCCUCCUGUGGUGGGGGCCACUAUCAACGAACUCGUUCCUGCACUAGCCCCGCACCCUCCCCAGGUGAGGACAUCUGUCUUGGGCUGCACACCGAGGAGGCACUAUGUGCCACACAGGCCUGCCCAGAAGGUUGGUCACCAUGGUCUGAGUGGGGUGUCUGCACUGAGGAUGGAGCCCAGAGCCGGAGCCGGCGCUGUGAGGAGCUUGUUCCAGGGCCGGGUGCCUGUGCUGGCAACAGUAGCCAGAGCCGGCCCUGCCCCUACAGCGAGAUUCCUGUCAUCCUGCCUGCCUCCAGCCUGGAGGAGGCCACCGACUGUGGAGGGUUUAGUCUUAUCCACCUCGUGGCCACGGGCGUCUCCUGCUUCCUGGGCUCUGGGCUCCUGACCUUGGCCGUGUACCUGUCUUGCCAGCACUGCCAGCGCCAGUCUCAGGAGUCCACACUUGUUCAUCCUGCCACCCCCAACCACCUGCACUACAAGGGUGGGGGCACCCCUAAGAAUGAGAAGUACACACCCAUGGAGUUCAAGACCCUGAAUAAGAAUAACCUGAUCCCUGACGACAGAGCCAACUUCUACCCACUGCAGCAGACCAAUGUGUACACGACCACCUAUUAUCCCAGCCCGCUGAACAAGCCCAGCUUCCGGCCCGAAGCCUCACCUGGACAGCGGUGCUUCCCUAACAGCUGAUCCCACCAUCCUGGGACUUGGGCUCCUUGCCUUCCCAAGGCACAGAGCAGUGCAGAUGGGACAGUGGAGCCACUUCGGUUUUCUCCCUCUGUGCUAGGCCAAGAACUUGCUGCCUAGCCUGUGGGGAUCCUAUCGGGCUUCAGAGAGCUCUGACUGGCAAUGACCAUGGGGGAGAGGGCUGGCUUCAGGCUGGCAUACAGCUGCGGAUCCAGCUCAGCCGGGUCUCUCAUGGCCUCCUUGUGACCCACCAUCACGCUGACCCUCCCUUGCAAUGUCAGAGCUGCAGACCUGCUGGGCACAUGAGGAACUGGACGGUAGAGAUGGCAGGAGGGCAGGCUCUGAGGUUUGGGCUGGAAAUGACUUACAAUGGCCACCACAGGCCAAGCUGACCCUUCCUGGCUGACCCCCAAGAAAGGCCUGGUCUGCAUCCAGCUUAUCUCUGCAAGGAACUCAUUAAACGGCCCAGUGGCUCUGGACCUUUGCCCAGGGCUGGACCAUUGUGGUGCUGGCCCAUAAUGCAUAGGGGACCAAUGCUGGCCCAGGGACAAUCUGUAUUUCACCCAGGGACAUCCUUUGGUCAGAGGCAGUGAGGACUCGGAACUGGAGACUGGUCUUUGCUAAGAAUGCCUUUAAUGUGGCCUUAGCCUCGCCCUCAGAAUGCACUAAAAGUGGCCCAGGAGGAAGGAAGGCUAAGACUAUAGGAGGCAGAUUCCGGCCUCUGUUCCUCUAUGGAGACUGUCUUCCAGUUGCUGCUCAACAGAGUCGUUGGCUAAGACCAGCUUGGGAGUCUCUGCUGGCCCCUUAUCUA